AUGACCGACCUUACAUUUUGCUACUUGCAUAUGACGCGCCAUGACCUGGAUAUCCUGGACACCAUCGGUACUCCGGACUAUCUGCAGGGCGAACUUUCAGAUAGCGAGGUCGACGUUCCUCGACAUAUGGCCCCUCCCAACCCAGAUGACUCUGAUGUAUUGCCAUCUCAAGUCCAUCCUUCGUAUCCAUACGGCAAUCCACUGAAUGUCAAACACCCUGCCGCGCGACCUCGACGACCAUAUGAUCCAUCUUCGCGUGCGUUAUUUGAAGACAUGGGCUAUGCGGGUGGCGGAGUCAAUGGGUCUCUACGAUGGAAGGACCUUGCUCUAGAACUCUUAAUACCGGUUGACGAGGCUCGAGAACUAGCGGAGAGAGCAGCGCUGGCGCGGAAGCUGGCUAGUGGCGCAAGCUCCAACCAUCCACCGCCUCCGCCGCUACCAUUGCCGGCUCAGGAACCCAACAACGAGGACGAGGUAGAAGACGAAGACAACGACGAGAACGAGAAUGACGAAAACGACGAAGAGGACAACGGCGAGAAUCACGAUGAUUCCAGUCCUGAAGAGGACGAUGCAUCACUAGAUGCGUAG